GCGUCCUGCUGGACCCAGGAACAUGGACGCGGACUGCUUGUCUUUUUCUUCGCAGAGCAGCGCGAGGACUUCGUCGAACUCUCCCGGUCUGGAGCACGGUUCGGGCUCGGGUUCUGGUUCCGGAUCAUUCCUCUCCUGCGAGGAGCUGCAGAAAGCCUCGCACCUUCCUCCCCCUCACCGCCUCGGCCUCCGCGGGGAUCUUUACGCAGCGGCCUUGGGCAGGUUCGGCGAUGCUGCGGGGGACUUUACGCACGGCUCCGCGCCGCCGAACCCGCCCGGAUCUCCGUCCAAACACGGCAAGUUCAUCGUGGGUUUGAACCAGGACCGAAAAACGGCGACGAAAACGGUGUUUUAUGAAAACAGCACAGAAGUCCGAGAGAAAGCAGCUCUGAAAGCCAUGGCGUACGCUGGCAUCAACACCGACUGCUGCAGCAAGCUGAAGGAGGCGGGCAGCAGCUUGCAGGGAGACUCCAUCGCCGACUCCAUAGACCUAUCAGGGAAGAACAAGAAGCGGCGCAACCGCACCACCUUCAGCACGUUUCAGCUGGAGGAGCUGGAGAAAGUUUUUCAGAAGACACAUUAUCCUGACGUGUACGCCCGAGAGCAGCUGGCUCUGAGGACGGAGCUCACUGAGGCUCGGGUUCAGGUUUGGUUCCAGAACCGCAGGGCCAAGUGGAGGAAACAGGAGCGCUACGGGAAGAUCCAGGAGGUCCGCAACCACUUUGCUGCUUCUUAUGAUAUUUCUCUUCUCCCUCGACACGAUGCGUAUCAGAUCCAGGGCAACCUGUGGCCCGGUGCAGCUUCAGGGGGAGGGAGCGGUUCGGGUGCUGCCUGCGUCCUAGGAGCUGACUCCAUUCCCUCAUCCUGCAUGAGUCCGUAUUCUCACCCCCACAGCAACCUGCAGAGCUUCAUGGGCAUGUCCACCUCCCCCAGCCACCCACACCACCACCACCCGCCUCACCACCCCGGUAUUAACGGUCUCUAUUCGCUCCAUGGCUUUCCAGGAGGUCUCGGGCCCCCUUCUAUGGAAGGGCCGGAGGCUGACUACAAACCGACGAGCUUGGUGGCGCUGAGGAUGAAAGCCAAAGAGCCGGGCAGCAUUAUCUCCUGGCCCACAUGACCUCCAUCAUAACAGCUCCUCUUUAAUGCACCGACUGAGCCAAAGCAUUACUUUCUGGAGCCAGAAACAGACUCCGAUGUACGAAACCCACGUCAGCGUUCGACCCACAUAUUUCCUCUUUACAUUUAUGCAAACCAACAUGGAGGCUUUUUACAGAAUAUUUUGGAUUAUUAAAGGAUUGUGGGCAACUUUCUCAAAAGUGACCAUAUUAUUAACGUUCUUGUAUGUUCAUACAGCAACACCGAAAAGGGAAGUUAUUUAAAAAAAAUGUAAUUAUCAUAUUACUCCUUGUUUCAUGUUUGUUGUGAUUUACAGUGAGACCAGUAAUAAAGGCUUUCAUCUUUGUCAGCAGCUGUCUAACUAAUUU